CGCUCUUGGUCAAGUAAACACAAAUCCGAACAGUGUUUUAGACUGUGCCUUUCAUACGUUCUGCUUUGUGGUGAGUGGAUGUGACUGAAACAGUAGACGAUGUUGACUUGGGUGCAUAUAGACUGGGUUUGAUUUGAUCUUUUUCACCACGAAAGCAAAAAAGCUGGAAAUACAAAUCUCUUUGUUAUAAAUUCAAAUUACGUUUUUGUUAAUACUUCGGUUUUCUAAGAAACACGUUUGAGAGUACAUUUUAGAUCAUUUUUGGUAACAUGGAUUUUGGAAAAUAUGACUACCGCACUCUAAGAUGGCGUUCGCGUUACAGAAUGACGUCGCAGAGCAUGCUAUUUCUUCUUUUUUUCAGUCAUAUUGUCAGUGGUCAAAUACGUUAUUCAAUCCCAGAGGAGAUGAAGAAGGGAUCCGUUAUUGGUAAUGUUGCAUCAGACCUUGGAAUAGAUGUACAGAGGCUCCGUUCCGGGCGGGCUCGUAUCGUGACCGGAGAAAGCAUCCAGUAUACAGAGCUGAAGACGGACAAAGGGACGCUGGUAGUGAAUGAGAGAAUAGACCGAGAACAACUUUGUGGAGAUGUAACGCCGUGUAGCUUCAGCUUUGAUUUGAUUUUAGAAAACCCGAUGGAACUACAUCACGUUACGGUUGAAGUAUUGGACCUUAAUGAUAAUUCACCUUCUUUUCAUCAGCACGAAAUGCAAUUGACAAUUGGAGAAUCAGCCGCACUGGGAGCGCGUUUUGUUUUGCCAACAGCCAAUGAUCCUGAUGUAGGAAUUAACGGGCUUCAGGACUAUAAUCUAAAUCCAAAUGAACAUUUUAUUUUAAAAAAACAUUUAAAUUCUGACGGAAGAAAAUACGCGGAGAUGGUACUUGAGAAGCCAUUGGAUAGAGAGCGAUAUCCAAGUCUGUCCCUAAAGCUGAUAGCAGUGGACGGUGGAACACCACAGAAAUCUGGUACAGUAAAUAUAGAUAUAACUGUCUUAGAUAAUAACGAUAAUUCUCCUGUAUUCAAUCAGUCAGUCUAUAAGGCCAAUGUCAUGGAAAAUGCCUCAAAAGGUACCUAUAUUAUAACUGUGAAUGCAUCUGACGCAGAUAGCGGAUCAAAUGGUUUGAUUUAUUAUUCCAUUUCCAAAAUGCAAGGCAGUAUUGACAGUUUGUUCGAAAUUAACCAAACCACUGGUGUGAUAUUCCUUUCAGGGCAGGUUGACUAUGAAAAAGCCAGAAAAUAUGAAAUACGCGUUGAAGCAACCGACCAAGGAGCUUUAACAGACUCGAGUAAAGUCAUAGUUGAGGUAAAUGAUGUGAAUGAUAAUCCGCCUGUCAUUAAUGUAAUGUCAUUCACUAGUCCUUUGUCAGAAGAUUCCCCUUCUGGUACAACCAUUGGCAUCAUAAAUGUAAAAGACUUGGAUUCAGGUGAUAAUGGACAAGUAAACUGUAGAAUAGAACACAAUGCACCUUUCAAGAUUAAAUCUAAUUUAAGAAAUUACUACACCUUGGUAACAGAUACUGCAUUAGAUCGUGAAACUGUGUCAGCAUAUAACAUUACUGUUGUUGCGACAGAUGCAGGAAUGCCUCCUCUCUCAACAAAAAGAACCUUUCAUUUAAAGGUAUCUGAUGUGAACGAUAAUGCUCCAGGGUUUUCAAAAGGUGUUUACAAUGGGUUUGUCGUGGAAAAUAACUCUCCGGGUGUUUCUCUUUUAACCGUAAGAGCGCAAGAUCCUGAUGAAAACCAAAACGCCCGUAUAUCUUAUAUUCUGGAAGAUGCUAAUAUCGGUGGAUCUCCAGUUUCUGAAUAUGUUUCUAUAAAUGCAGAAACAGGAGUGAUACACGCAAUGCGCUCUUUUGAUUAUGAACAAAUCAAACAGCUGGUUUUCGUCGUCAAAGCGCAGGAUGGAGGCUCUCCUCCACUCAGUAGGACGAUGCAGCGGAUACAGAGUGAAAAGAACAUCCUGGAUGAACCAGACUCUCCUCUAGAGGUCAGUUCUCUUUUAUUCCCUGACUGA